AUGGGGCGAACUCUCAGCCCCCAUCUCUGCCUGGUUCCCUUGGUCCUGGGCCUCUUGUCUGGAGGUGUGAGCACGACUCCAUUGCCUGACGCCCAGCCCCAAAGCCUCUGUUCCCUGGAGGGGAUAGAGAUCACCGGGGGCUCUUUCCAGCUCCUCCAUGAGGGCCAGGCACUGGAGUACCUGUGUCCCUCUGGUUUCUACCCAUACCCAGUGGAGAUUCGGAUCUGCAAAUCCUCUAAAUCCUGGAGCCCCCUGCAGACCCAUGACAAAAAGAUUGUCAAGAAGGCAGAGUGCAGAGCGAUUCGCUGUCCAAGACCACAGGACUUUGAGAAUGGAGAGUUCUGGCCCCGGGCCCCCUACUACAAUGUGAGUGAUGAGAUCUCUUUCCAAUGUUAUGAUGGCUACACUCUCCGGGGUUCUGUCAACCGCACAUGUCAGGUGACUGGCCGGUGGGAUGGACAAACAGCCAUCUGUGACAAUGGAGCGGGGUACUGCCCCAAUCCAGGCAUCCCUAUUGGCACAAGGAAGGUGGGCAGCCAGUAUCGCCUUGAAGACAGCGUCACCUACCAAUGCAACCGGGGGCUCACCCUGCGUGGUUCUCAGCAGCGAACAUGUCUGGAAGGUGGUUCUUGGAGUGGAACUGAGCCUUCCUGCCAAGACUCCUUCAUGUACGACACCCCUGAAGAGGUAGCUGAAGCCUUUCUGUCUUCCCUCACCGAGACCAUAGAAGAUGCUGAUGCUGAGGAUGGGCACAGCCCAGGAGAACAACAUAAGCGGAAGAUUGUCCUGGACCCCUCAGGCUCAAUGAACAUCUAUCUGGUGUUGGAUGGAUCAGAAAGCAUUGGAACCAGGAACUUCACAGGGGCCAAGAGCUGUCUCAAGAGUCUCAUCGAUAAGGUGGCAAGUUAUGGGGUGAAGCCAAAGUAUGCUUUAAUAACCUAUGCUACAAACACCAAUAUUUUGGUCAGAGUGUCUAAUCCAAAGAGCAGUGAUGCAGAAUGGGUCUUGGAACAGCUCCAAAAAAUCAGCUAUGAAGACCACAAGUUGAAGGCUGGGACCAACACUAAGAAGGCCCUCCAGGCAGUGUACAGUAUGAUGAGCUGGCCAGGGAAUACACCCCCUGAAGGCUGGAACCGCACCCGCCAUGUCAUCAUCCUCAUGACUGAUGGCAUGCACAACAUGGGCGGGAACCCAGUUCCCAUCAUUGAUGACAUCCGGAACUUGCUGGACAUUGGCAGGGACCGCAAAAACCCAAGGGAAGAUUAUCUGGACAUCUAUGUGUUUGGGAUUGGGGCUCUGUUGAACCAAGAAAACAUCAAUGCUUUGGCUUCCAAGAAGAAUAACGAGCAACAUGUGUUCAAAGUCAAGGAUAUGGAACACCUGGAGGACGUUUUCUACAAAAUGAUUGAUGAAAGCGAGUCUCUGGGUCUCUGUGGCAUGGUCUGGGAACACAGGGAAGCUACAGAUUACCACAAGCAACCAUGGCAUGUCAAGAUCUCAGUUGUCCGUCCUGGGAAGGGAUUUGAAUACUGUAUGGGGACUGUGGUGUCUGAAUACUUUGUGCUGACAGCAGCACACUGCUUCACUGUGGAGGAUGAGAAACACUCCAUCAAGGUCAGCGUGGCUAAGGAUCAGCAGGACUUGGAGGUAGAAGAAGUCCUAUUUCACCCCAAGUACAACAUCAAUGGAAAAAAAGCAGAAGGGAUUUCUGAAUUUUAUGACUAUGAUGUUGCCCUGAUCAAGCUGAAGAAGAAGCUGAAGUAUAGCCAGACUCUCAGGCCCAUCUGUCUGCCCUGCACUGAGGGAACAACUCGUGCUCUGAGACUCCCUCAAUCAGCCACUUGCCAGCAACACAGGGACAUGCUGCUCCCUGUGAAGAAUGUCAAAGCUCUCUUUGUGUCUGAGGCAUGGAUUAAGGACAAGAAAACAUUGGUUCGGAAAGAGGUCUACAUUAAGAAUGGAGAUAAGAAAGCCAGCUGUGAGAGAGAUGCUCUCAAUGCCAAAGGUUAUAACAAAGUCAAGGGCAUCUCGGAGGUGGUCACCCCCAGAUUCCUUUGCACUGGUGGGGUAGAACCCUAUGCUGACCCUAAUACUUGCAAAGGUGAUUCUGGUGGUCCCCUGAUUAUUUACAGCAAGAGUCGCUUCAUUCAAGUUGGUGUGAUCAGCUGGGGUGUAGUGGAUGUCUGCACAGAUCAGCUACACCAGAAACGAAGCCAGCAGAAUGUACCUGCUCAUGCCCGAGACUUUCACAUCAACCUCUUCGAAGUGCUGCCAUGGCUCAAGGAGAAACUCAAAGAUGAGGACCUAGGUUUUCUAUGA